CCCGAAUAAACCCUCACCGGUUCCUCCUGGUUACCCAAUCUCAUUUUCCAAAUCUUUGUUUUCGUUUUCGUUUUCUCUGUUUCCGUUUUCUGUGUCUCUGUUUUCGUUUUCUGAACUGGCUAACUCUCAGGAAGAAACUCUGGCAGAUUUCAAACUCGAGAAUCCACACGUGGUUCUUGCGCUCUAUGAUGCCUUAAGCGCAGGUGACGUACAAACGGUUCACAAGAUUCUAGCUCCUGACCUCGAGUGGUGGUUCCAUGGCCCGCCGACUCACCAGUUUAUGAUGCACCUUCUCACUGGCGCUUCAUCACCGUCUGAUCCUUCCUUCGAAUUCAAACCCCUUUCCAUCACCUCCUUCGGGAACGUUGUUAUCGCCGAGGGCUGUGAUCACAGCCGUCAAAUCUCCUGGGUCCACGCCUGGACCGUCACUGAUGGGAUAAUUACUCAAGUGAGAGAAUAUUUCAACACUUCUCUUACUGUUACUCGCCUUGGAAACGCACUGGCAAAAUCCACGGUGGAGAUUAAUCCCGUGCAUUGCCCGUCCGUUUGGGAGAGUAGCUUCUCCAAUCUGGCCGGAAAAUCUGUUCCGGGUCUGGUUCUUGCACUAUAAUUAAUUAAUCAAAGGCCUUAAAAACGACUCUUUGUGUGAUCAGGUGCAGCCGUAAAUAGGAUAAUAUUGUGGAAUAAAUAAAAGACUGCACGUGUGUCGGUUUCUGAUUGGACAGAGAGAUGUGAGUAACUAAGGCCCCUGUUCGCGAGGAGUGGUUUGCUUGCUUUUCUGUUUCAGUUUCUGUCUUUGCUGUUUGUUUGUUUCAUUGUUUUCAGGUGUGGUUUGAUGGGUCGAGUUAGACCCGUUUGGUUAGAUCCGAAUUUGUAUGUUAAUUGGUACUUUGAUCGUGUAAUAAAGAUGGGAUUAUUUAAUAAUUUUGUUUCAAUUA